UAUAGCAUUUUUUCAUGUGGGUAAAUAAUUUGUUAGGAUUUUUUCCAUACUACUGUUUCAAAGUAAGCACGUUGGUUUUAAUAACUGUGUACUUCUCAUAUAAAUUAUUAGGAACAAAAUUUGUGUAACUUUAAUGUUGACUUUGGCUGUAUCACUGUUGUUCAACAUCAUUAAAACGCGUUUGCACGGAGCGGUGACAGUGCAAACAACUGCGUUGUAAACGGCUUGUACCCCUGUAGCGAUUCUGACCAAUCAUAUCGCCGAAUUCGUCUCUAUGGAAACAGCGGAACGCUCAAGCAGGAAAAGCUAGCAGCGCUACAGAAAUCCAAGUUAAGAUGGCAGGGACAGCAAGGCAUGAUCGAGAGAUGUCAAUAAAUGCCAAAAAGCAGCUGGCGGGGUGUACAGACCCCAUUGAGCGUCUGAGGCUGCAGUGUUUGGCACGAGGAUCCGCGGGCAUCAAGGGACUGGGCAGGACUUUCCGAAUCAUGGAUGAUGACAAUAAUCGUACACUGGACUUGAAGGAAUUCCUGAAAGGAUUAAAUGACUACGGUGUGCUCAUUGAGAAAGAAGAGGCGCUAAAUCUUUUCCAGCAGUUUGACAGGGAUGGCAGUGGAUGCAUUGAUUUUGAUGAGUUUCUGAUCACACUAAGGCCACCCAUGUCUAAUGCCCGAAAGGAGGUGGUGUUACAAGCGUUUAAAAAAUUGGAUAAGACUGGAGAUGGCGUGGUUACAAUUGAGGAUCUGAGAGGAGUAUACAAUGCCAAAAAGCACCCUAAAUAUCUAAAUGGCGAAUGGACUGAGGAUCAAGUAUUCCGAAAAUUCCUCGACAGUUUCGAUUCCCCAGAUGACAAGGAUGGACAGGUCACAAAAGAGGAGUUUUUGAAUUACUACUCUGGUGUGAGUGCCUCCAUUGACACAGACGUCUACUUUAUAGUAAUGAUGAGAAACGCAUGGAAGCUUGACUAAACAGCUAUUUUAGGGUAAACAACAAAAAUGGAUCCAUCUUCAGCAAAAGCAGUGAAUCGGAUGCAGUCGAAAAACUUCUUAAAUUAUGUCUUGUCUCUGUCAAACUGUUGGUUUAAAUUCUUACAAUGUAUAAAGGGCAGCAUUAAACUCUAUUAUUAUUUUGGCCUCAUUCAGAAUAACUAAUGUAUAUAUUGCAACACUAUGUUAGUUAAUGAGGGUUGUAAUGUUCCAUUAUAAAAUAAUAGUUGAAUAAAAUAAUAAUGUGAUUUCGGUAUUAUAUUAGAUUAUAUUAAUCUGUUUUGUCAUUGUGCAAAGUAUAAGCACAAAGUCAAAGAAAUCCAUGUUCAGUAAAUCUAAUUUUUAAGCAAUCAUAUUAUUUAGCUAUUAUUUAAUAUGUAACAUCAUUCAGUUUAAAGCAACUAGAACAGUUUUGACAGAGUCAAGUCUUAAAAUACGGUGUACGUUUGGUGUCUAACAGCUAUUAACUGGGGUUUUUUGGGAAUCUAUCUCAUACAAUCAAAUCAUCAGACAAUUACUAAUACCACAACAGUGUUUCUCACUGCAGACAAGCACCUGCACUGACUGGUCUAUUCUAGAAUCAGCCACAUCAUCUAAGAUAAACAGGUGGUGUGGUAUUGUUCCUAAGCUUCUGCUCUUCUUUAUUUGGCUGUCUUUUGCACCUGCUUGGAUCUCCGUGUGAGAAACACUAACUUAAAAACAAAUGAAAUCUAUUAUUAAUUCACACAAAAUACCUUUCUGUCUUUCGGAAUUAUCCUUUGGGCUCGGCUUUCGGUUUGUGCUUUUGGGAAUCAGGGUGUCUGUUAGGACUAC